AUCAAGCGAACUGUGUAACAACAUCACAUUACACAUUUCCUAACCAAAAUUUGGAUCAAAUCCAUUAGGGACUACGAAAAUUUUCAACCAAAAAAGUUUUCAAGCGCUAAUUCUCUACGGUGACAUUACUUCCAUUUUCUCUCUGGGUUUGAUCUCUUACAGAGAUGGGUUUGUCUAAGGAGUAUGGUUUCUUGAGUGAGAUCGGUCUUGGUUCUCGCAAUUUGGGGUGUUACGUUAAUGGCGCAUGGAAGGGAAAUGGGCCAGUAGUUUCCUCUUCGAAUCCUGCUAAUAAUCAGGUAAUUGCAGAAGUAGUGGAGGCUUCCACUCAAGAUUAUGAGGAGGGCAUGCAGGCAUGCAGUGAAGCGGCAAAAAUAUGGAUGCAGGUUCCUGCACCCAAAAGAGGAGAUAUUGUAAGACAGAUAGGAGAUGCACUAAGAGCUAAACUCCACCAGCUUGGUCGCCUCGUGUCACUUGAGAUGGGAAAGAUACUCCCCGAAGGGAUAGGAGAAGUUCAGGAAAUUAUUGACAUGUGUGACUUUUCUGUUGGUCUAAGUCGACAGCUUAACGGAUCAAUAAUACCAUCUGAGCGCCCCAAUCAUAUAAUGAUGGAGAUGUGGAACCCUCUUGGAAUAGUUGGUGUUAUUACAGCUUUCAACUUUCCUUGUGCUGUUCUUGGUUGGAAUGCUUGCAUUGCACUAGUUUGUGGGAACUGCGUUGUUUGGAAAGGUGCUCCAACAACCCCCUUAAUCACCAUUGCAAUGACAAAGUUAGUGGCUGGAGUUCUAGAAAAGAACAACUUACCAGGUGCGAUUUUCACAUCCUUUUGUGGUGGUGCUGAAAUCGGGCAAGCAAUAGCAAAAGACAGGCGUAUUCCUUUGGUUUCAUUUACUGGCAGUUCCAAGGUUGGUCUAAUGGUUCAGCAAACUGUAAAUGAGAGAUAUGGAAAAUGCUUGCUUGAGUUGAGUGGAAAUAAUGCAAUUGUUGUCAUGGAUGAUGCUGAUAUCCAACUUGCUGUUCGGUCUGUUCUCUUCGCCGCUGUUGGCACAGCAGGACAACGAUGCACAACAUGUCGAAGGCUGCUGCUUCAUGAAAGCAUCUAUCAGAAAGUGCUUGAUCAAUUGGUUGAUGUGUACAAACAAGUAAAAAUUGGAGACCCUCUUGAGAAAGGUACCUUACUAGGGCCAUUGCACACGUCAGAUUCAAGGAAGAAUUUUGAGAAGGGAAUUGAGAUCAUAAAGUCUCAGGCACGUAAGAUUGUAAUUGGAGGUUCAGUUAUUGAAUCGGAGGGAAACUUUGUGGAGCCGACAAUUGUCGAAAUUUCUCCAAAUGCCAAUGUUGUUAAGGAAGAAUUAUUUGCUCCAGUUCUUUAUGUCAUGAAGUUUAAGACUUUGAAAGAGGCAAUUGAAAUUAACAACUCUGUUCCGCAAGGGUUGAGCAGUUCUAUCUUCACGCGUCGACCUGAGAUCAUCUUCAAGUGGACUGGGCCACAUGGGAGUGACUGUGGUAUUGUAAAUGUAAACAUACCAACAAAUGGAGCCGAAAUCGGUGGUGCUUUUGGAGGAGAAAAAGCCACUGGAGGUGGUCGUGAAGCAGGAAGUGACUCGUGGAAGCAAUACAUGCGACGCUCAACUUGCACCAUCAACUAUGGGAAUGAGUUACCAUUAGCACAAGGAAUCAAUUUUGGAUAGAAGAAGGGGUUGUUGUUUCAGCCUCCUUGUUCCAGCUUUGUUGACUGAGAUGUGAUUUGCCUUUUGGAAAGGGAAUUUCUGCCAACUAAGAGAGGGAGUUCCUUCACAAUCUGGCUGUCUCCAUCUUAAAUAAUAAAAAAGAAAUGUCUUCAUAGGAUAAAAUAAAUAGUGAGAUUUCAGUUGUUGAAGACUUGAAGUUGAUAACUAAUGACUUGUCAAUUAAUGGCAUUUUCACCAAGAAUAAUAUGAAUUAUUUUUGGUUUUAGUA